GCAAAAGAAAAGGAGGGCUAUUGACAUGCUUUCGCACCUGUGUGUACAGUUUUUUAGUUAAAAAUAGAGUCAGGAAGUGAAGCACCCAGCUCAGAGACAGAAUACAGACAAAUGGAAUUUUGAGUCAAAGUCCUUGCUAGUUUUAAUUUUUAUUUUUAUAUGCAUUUUUAAACAUAUGCCUUUUUCAGGUUCGUGCUCUUUCCUAUUCUGUCAUUUUGUUACUUCCUGCUUCUUUUUCUCACACACACACACACACACACACACACACACACACACACAUACACAGACAUAGAGGCGUCAGCGUCAGAAGUAGCACAUGCUGAGUAACAUAUCGACCUGAAAACAAGCAGCAUAAAGAUGGAGUUUGCCUGCAGUCAUGUUGUCUGUAACUGGAGGCCUGAGAAUCUAGCAGAAGGUCUUUCCACCAUGCUGCCCUCUGGUUUGUCCAGAAAAAAGUCAGAACAUCCUUAUGACAAUCGCAUUGCUGUCAUCCCAAAGCCUAUCCUUCCUUUAACACCACCACCCGUACCUCCUCGUCGCUUAACACAGAAACACUUUCGACCUAUUUCAAUGCCUCCUCCAGUACCACCUCGAGGACUGGAGGGUAAAGGACAGGCCAGUGUUAAAGCCAAUGUCAAUGUGGUGUUACUCAAGGUCGGGAGUCUUGUGGACAUAAACAAAGCAUCCAGUAUACAGAGCAUUCAGAAACCAGUGCACUGUGCGAAAUGUAGAGCCAUCAUGUCCUCUGUGAGCAACUCACAAACCGGCCCAAUCACAUCAACAUGGUCAUGUGAGUUUUGCGGUAAUCAGAAUGCCCUCUCUCAGAGUGAGUUAAAAAUGGGCCGUUCUCCUCUGUGGACUCCGCCAGGCAGAGACGUGCUCUAUGUAGACGAGGAGAUAGACACAGACUAUGUGAACCUAGAGGACAUGCUGGUAGUCUUCUGUGUGGACAUUUCUGGUAGCAUGAGUGUCACAUCAGAGGUGUCUCCUGGUAACAGCAUGAGAUCACCCACCUAUGUAUCACGAUUGCAGGGUGUCCAAGAGGCGCUACAGUUGGCACUGUCCUCACUGCAUAAAUCAUCACCACACCGUCGGGUAGCACUGGUCACUUUUAAUGAUGAGGUAACAGUGUAUGGGGAUGGUACUGGAGUUCCUCUGUGUCUGCGGGACUGGGCUUUAGUAGACUAUGAUCAUGUGAGAGAGCAAGGAGAGAAGUACACAACACCACACUGCAUUGCUGAGACCCACCAGUGCCUCACACAAAGAAUCAAAGAAUUGAGGGAGCAUGGAGCCACAGCACUAGGUCCUGCAGCACUCAUCUCUGUUGCUAUGGCCUCUCAAUUUGCAGGUUCAAAGGUCAUAAUUUGCACAGACGGACGGGCCAACAUCGGCCUGGGCCAGUUAGAACAAGAAUGUGCAGAUUCAGUAUAUUUCUACAACCAGUUAGCCAGUCAAGCAGCAGAAAAAGGAGUGAUCGUGUCAGUGAUGACAUUUGAGGAAGAGGACUGCAGCCUGGCGGAAGUAGGAAAAUUAGCUGACCACACAGGAGGCAGGAUCAACAGAGUCAACAUUUGUACAGUUGGAUCAGAAAUCCAGACUGCACUGGCUGACAAUGUCUUAGCCACUAAUGUUGAAGCCACCCUGCUUGCACCUAAGGGCGUGUAUUACCCUUUUGAGGAGGACAACCAUAGGCUGGUUAGAGAGAUUGGAAAUGUUACAAGUGAAGUGGAGAUCACUUUCCAGUUUGCUGUCAAACCAGACAGAGUUGAGGGUUUUCAGAGAAGAGACCGAGUUCCCUUCCAGCUUCAGCUGUCUUUUAAAACUCGAGAUUUAAAAAAAGUCACCAGAGUCAUCACACAGCAGAAGCGUGUGACCACCAGCAGCUGGGUGUGGGCAGGAAGCCUGAACAUGGCUGUGUUGGGUGUUCACUGUGCCCAGCUAUGUGCCCGCCUCACCAUGGAAGGCAGGAUCCAGGAAGCUCAAAGUCAACUCAAAGCCCAGCAGGACCUCCUCAGAGACAUCAGUGAACAGAAGCCAAGUCCUAAAGAAGAGAGUAUCUAUGGAAAUUGGAUCAGUACCAUGAGUAUGAUCUGUGAAGACCUGAACCCUGAUACAAAGGCUAACAGAAGCAGCACCACCAUUUGUGCCACACGAACACAUUCCACAGGUUUGUCAGAUGAGGCAGCAGAAGUGGUGUAUCAGAUGAAGAGGGUGACAAGUGUGGGCCAGAGGGAGGAGAAAGCAGCUAUAUUAGAAAGUUGAAAAGAAGGUGGAUUUAUUGUCAGAACAGUAGUAAGUAACAUGAUUAACUAUGGACCAGAAAACAGUUUGAUGUCUUUGUGUAUUCAAUAAUGGAAUAUUUUAUCUUGUAUAUCUUGUAUGCUGCUGGGCAGUAGGUGGCAAUCUCUGUUAAGACAAGUUACUAAAUUAUGGAGACUACAUGCAACUAUAUAUAUCUAAAAGUCCUAAU